AUGUCUGCUGGAAAGUUGGGAGAUGAGUCAGACCUUCGGCAGUUUGAAGGUGCUAUGAAGAAUUGGCUCUACUCUGUGAGACUUUGCCCUGUAGGUGUUCCUUCUCACAUCCUUGUUUGUGAAGCUUCGUUGCUGGAUUGCUCACUGGGCAAGUUGCACGUUGCUUACAUUGAUUGCUUGGCUUCAACAGAAGCAUCUCAAGCACAGUCUUCUGUUCCACCUAUUGUGCUUGAGCAUGCUCGCUUUGAAACAUAUGCGACAGGGGUCAGCUGCUUUCAGAGUGACAAAGGUGAGUCCAAUGCGGAGUCAUUGCGCCUCAAAGCAUUGGAUGCAGCACUUGCUAACCAUGGCCUGACACGGCAAUCUGCUCAGCAAUUGCAACACGCUACCUAUGCUCGCAGGAAUGAUCACGGGUGGCGUACGCCUGGGGAAAGCAAAGAUGGACAGGUAGAAGCAGAUGCGACAAUGCUGCGGAUCCAUGAGCUCUUAGACAAGCUGAAAACAAGGCGGCUUACCACAGACCCUGUGCCCCAAUUAGCUCGGCGGUUGGGGCGAUUGGGACGGUCAGAGCCAGGAAUGAACAGGCAAAUUGUUCGGCUGCUGCAAAAAGUCAAAAAACGCAGAAAGCAGCUUUCUCUCCAAAAUGGCCUCAACAGUCAGACGCAUGAGGAGAUUGUGGAUGAACUUGAGCAGGCAUUUGAAGAACAACACCGCGCGACAGGAUUAGAGCCCCUGCCUGAAAUCGAGACCGAGCUGCGGCAUUUGUUGCACAAGCAAUCUCAGUUGCAUGCCCCAAAGAUCCCACUUCCAAUGGGCAAACGCCUGAAUGGUGUUUGCCUACACUCAUCUGGGCACGUUGAGUUUAUGAUUGAGGACGUUCACGGAGGUCUUCCUGCCGCUCUUUUCAGUGAGAUCUUCAAGGAGGUGUUCAAUUUGCCUCAGGAGACCUUGGAAGGACCACUGUUCUUUAGCCUUGACCAGCCUACUUUUCAAGAAGAUUGUGGGCCUAUUCGGCAUCAUGCUCUGCAGCAGCAGAGACAUUGUUUUGGAACGGGUGCAGUUGAAACAGUGCGCUUGCUGCACCAUUGUGACUACACCAUGAAGGAGCUCAGCAUGGGGGUGGAAGUGAACGCAUUGACGUUUGAGUGUCGACCUGCAGACGGCUUGCAUUGUCGACUGCCGCAAUAUUUGGUCGACCUUCUGAAGCCAAUCCAUGCUAGGAACCAGACUUCCAGGAGAGCCUUGCAUCGUCUUUGGUUUGAAUCUGGUGAUGUGCGGUUUCAAAGAAUUCAGGGUGAUGUUGAAGAAGUCUUCCUGGACACGCCUGUCAUCAGUGUCCGCGCUCAUCCCCUUGAUUUUGAUGAGAAAGGAAAUCACCAAGACACUUUGGAAGAUGCCCCUCCAGAAUGCGAAGCCUCCCAAUUUGCUCGCGCCAUGACUCUGUGCAUGAGCAAUCUGACACAGUACUUUCCUGAAUUUGGUUGGCUGGCAGAAAUUCCAAAAAUGCAACGUGUUGCUCGAGAGCUCCUGCAGCACCGUAGGUUGCAGGCAUUGCGCGAACAAAUCCCAGAGUGGCCUCACAAAGUCGAAGCAAGGGCUGAGAUUUUGGAGAAUUUGUGUGCUCAGAACCCUCAUGCGACCAGACGAGAGAUUGAAGCUCAUCAUGUCUUUCACGAUGCGAUUAGAGAUGCACCUUCUAGAGCUCGAAAGCGCGAUGAACACACCAUCAAUCAGUUGGUCGAAAUGUUCUCUCGCGACCUGCACGCAAGUUCUCAGGGAUUGAGGAGUGCCAUCAGAGAGUGGCUGGAUGGAGGCUUCACUAGCACGUUGUCCGAAAUGGUUUUGCAAGGUGUGCGUAUACCUCUGGAUGUCUUUGAAAAGGAAAUUUCGAGUUUGGGCUCUUUGGGCGCAGCGACUAUGCCAAGCAACGGAACAGUUGCUGCAUGCUUAGUUCCUGCUGCCGUAUCAAUCAGAGACCAAGUAGAUGGUGCACAGUUUGUGUAUGGAGGGGUCGACUUGGGAUCGCGCUUUGUGGAGAGCCAGUUUGGCGGAGAUUGGCUGCGAAGCAGUCGAAGCAGCAGCUAUCCACCAUCGACAUGUUCAAAUUGGGGCGUGGGUGCUUUCUGGGGCCCUGCAAUGGCUGAUUUGGCGGCGACGAACCCCCUAUCUUACGCAGAGCUUCUUCAAGCAGACCCCAAGCUGGCAAAGUCUUUUCGCUACCGUGGUGGCUACAAGCCUUCGCAUGAAGCAGAGAAGUUGUAUUUGAAGGUGCCUUCCACGGUUCGUGCAGCAGGGACGGAUGAGAUCAAACAUUACUUGUCCACCAGAGACGCGUCGCACAUUGAAGCCAAAGCUCAAGGAGGCCCUAACACCGCAGAGAACAUGGUUUUUGAAGACAGCCAGUUGAACAGAGGUCGCAACUAUGACCACAAGGCGGGCCGCCGAGACACACCUCACAUGACCCCAGAAGAAUUAGAAGCGGUCAAUGCUGCAAAUAGGAGCUUGCAACUCAAGAAUGCAGCUAGAUUUGCAGCAGCUUUGGAAGGUAGCUUGGCUUUUUUGGAAGAGAGCGUCAAUUAUCGGAAAGGGGAGAUAAGUGCCACAGAGUGCGCGCAGCGAGUCGUCACAAAAGCUGCAACCACAGGCGCUGUUGCUGGUGCCACAACUGGUCUGUGCACUUUUGCAGCUGCUCUCUCACCUGCAGCUGCUGCCGUCAUACCUGUGGUGUUUGCUCCUCUCAUUGUCUUUGCGGCAUUUACAAUCUUCACCCGUGCCAAGAAAGCCAUCCAAGAGCACAGGUCAAUCAGCAACGACAAGUAA